AUGGGUAUCGUGGAAAGGUUUCUCCCCAAGGAUGAUCGCUUUGCGGCACUCCUGUUGUAUGGCAUGGUCUUUUCGACCUGUUUCAAUGGGUAUGAUGCUGGGAUCAUAACAGUCAUUCUGGCUGAUAAACAAUUCAUCGAAUACUAUGGUAUCAAUGAUAAUAAGUCGGGCUUGGUUGCAACGAUCCCCUGGGCGAUGACAGGCUUCGCCCAACUCUUUCUUGGAGGCUCCCUCGCUGGAUGGCUCGGGCGUCUUUGGGCUCUACGAGUCUCCAUCUUCAUAAUGAUCAUCGGAGUAGUUGUCGAAGUUAUCCCGAAUAGCUUCGGGGUCUUGAUCUUGGGAAGACUCCUAACAGGUCUAGGCUUCGGAUGCGUAUACAUCUCCACUAACCUCUAUGUCGCCGAGUGCGCUCCCACCAAGCUCCGAGGCAGCUUCGUCGGAACAGUAUCCCAAUUCGGCUACCAGCUGGGUACCCUCAUCGCCUUCUGGUCCGGCUAUGGGAUGUCCUUCCACAAGUCGCCCUACAACAUCGCCUGGCGUGUCUCCAAUAUUAUCCAAAUCCCCAUCGGUCUGGCUUUUAUCGUGGUCUCGUUCUGGUACCCCGAAAGCCCACGAUACAUGCUGGAGAAGCACCCCGAGAUGCCCGAGCGGGCUCUGAAAGUCCUCAGUAGACUCAGAUCCGGUGCGCCGACUGACGAACGUAUCCGGACGGAGUUCCAUGAGCUCGUUGCCUCAUAUGAGUUCCGGCGCAGAUAUGAUACGGGAUAUAUCGGGCUUCUCAAGGAUAGGAGCAUGCGCAAGCGCUUGUUUUAUGGUAUCUAUGCUGCAAGUCUUCAGCAGUGUGGUGGUAUUGCUUCGCUUACCAUGUUUGGUCGACGGGGCCUGCUGCUUGCUGGGUUUGCUAUUCAGUCGCUGGCCCUCUUGAUCAUGUCAUGUCUUACAACUGCUUACCCGACAAACGGGAACAAGGCGGCUGCUAUCGUCGAGGUUGCUAUGUUGUUCAUUGUUGGUUUGACGUACUGCUGGUCAAAUGGCCCUAUUGCCCCGACGGUGGUGACGGAGAUUUUCCCUCAGCAUGUUAGAGAUAAGGUGGGGUUUUGGUCUGUCGAUGCUUGGCCAAACGUGCUGGCUUAUUAUGCUCACGCAGUCUUGGCCAUCUUUCAACAAGAAGGUCGGGGGUCGCAGUUAUUGGCUACUGUUUGGUUUGAAUGUAGCUGCUGGAUAUCUGUUUACUUCAUUCUCCCCGAAACCAAGGGCAUAUCUUUGGAGCGAAUGGACACGAUCUUUGGGGGUCCGGAUAAUGUAGCGGCUGGUGAGUCUGAGGGAACUUCUGAGAAACGUGAAGCCAUGGCCAUCAUGAACGAAAAAGAAAAGGCGCCAGUUGCUCAUGUGGAGGAUGCUGCUCAAGACCAUCCUUCCCAUGGACCGGAGAGGUCUUCUGUUUGA